AUGGCAGCCUGCUUUGACAUUAACAAAAAUGUCACGAAAGUUGUGUUCGGCUUCUUGUGCCCGUGCCUCUCGUUCCUUGACGCCAUUGAGAAGCAACUUUACAGUCUCCAACUCCAUCCGCCGACUCUCGAAGACAGGCCGAUCAAGGAGCACUUGCGAAUCAUUGGCCGGGGACCCCACGAGGGGAACAUCGAAUUCAAUCUUAGUUCGCUGACCUGA